CAUUUCCUGCCACGUAACAGCGCAUGCGCCCCACGUCAUUUGGCGACGUGUACCCGGUGUGUGGAAAUAGACGGGUAUCCUUAGUUUUGCAGGGCAACAGUCAGCUGGAAAGCCUUUAGCAGCACCAACAUGGGGGGCUCUCAAAGCGUGGAGAUACCAGGAGGGGGUUCGGAGGGCUACCACGUCCUCCGGGUCCAGGAGAACUCGCCAGGUCACCGAGCAGGACUCGAGCCUUUCUUUGAUUUUAUCGUCUCCAUCAAUAACACCAGACUUAACAAGGACAAUGACACCCUGAAGGACUUGCUCAAAGCCAGUGUAGAGAAACCAGUCAAAAUGCUGGUUUAUUCCUCCAAGACCCUGGAGCUGCGAGAAUGCACAGUCACCCCCAGCAACAUGUGGGGGGGCCAGGGCUUGCUUGGAGUCUCGAUUCGCUUUUGCAGCUUUGAAGGAGCCAAUGAAAAUGUUUGGCACGUGCUGGAAGUAGAAAGUAACUCCCCAGCAGCCCUUGCAGGCCUGCGGCCACACACAGACUACAUCAUCGGAGCUGACACGGUUAUGAACGAGUCGGAAGACCUCUUCUCUCUGAUAGAAACUCAUGAGGGAAAAGGCUUGAAGCUCUACGUCUACAACACAGACACGGACAACUGCAGAGAAGUGGUCAUUACACCCAACAGUGCCUGGGGAGGAGAGGGAAGUCUUGGAUGUGGGAUUGGAUACGGAUACCUUCACAGAAUUCCCACCAGACCUUUUGAAGAAGGGAAGAAGAUCAUCUUCCCUGGAAGUCCUCCGAGUGAGCCCAUCAGUCCACUGAAGGAUGGAUUCACUGAGGUGCAACUCACAGCCGUGACCACUCCCUCCUCUGCACCUGUGAUUCCUUCCGGGCUGGAAAACUCGCUCUCUGGCCUGUCGAUAAGCUCAGCCCCGCCCCCUAUGCCCAGCGAGCUGCAGACAGGGUUGCCCACAGUCCCUCUCCUCCCGUCCACCAUCAGCCCCUCCUUCAGCCCCGUCACUCCACUGAAUCCUGCCGCCACCACCUUCAGUCCAUCCACAACGCUACCAGGUUUGAUGCCCCUCCCCGGAGCAUUACCUCCACUCCCUAACAUUCCCAACCUGAACCUGCCACUCCCAGACCUCAGCGCAGUCUCACUAGCAGGUGGCACGUUACCAGCUGGAGGAUUGACGGCUCCAUCUCUGGCUCCUCUUCCGCCCCUCAACCUUCCAGGUCUGCCCCCACUCGGCCCCCUGCCCACCAUGCUGCCCUCCCAGAUGCCUCCUCUGCUCUCUCAGGGCGUGACUCCCUUUGUCCCCAACCUUGCCUCCAUGGCCCCCCCAGCGUCGGUCACAGUCACAGCGGCAUCUGCAGUGAGCCCGACCGUCACCACGGACCUUACAGAAGCCAGCGCCGCCGAACCGCCGGCCCCUGUGGAAGCAUUAGUGUCGUCCUAAUGUGGUGGGAGGGGCCUCUCUCAGUAAACUGUACUUCACCUGGUUUUCUUUUUUUUUUUGGUUCCUUCACCUUCUUUUAUUUAUUUAGCCAGAGAAAGAAGGCAGUCCAGACACCUUGAUGCUUGAGGGAGUUUCCGGACGAUGGCGAUGUGACGGGCAGAUGCUGCAGGAAUGACCUCGUCCUCGCGUUUGUAGUUUAGCACUUCUGGCGUCACAAUUCUUUGUUUCUGAUCAAACUUCUUUGUUUAUAGGGCUGGAAAAUAAAAUUACUGAAUUGUCUACGUCACAGAGUGGGUCAGCAAAGCAAGGAGACGUUUGUACUGCUGUAAUUAAAGUAAAUAUGUAAACAAAAACAUUUUUUUAUUGCCAAGCUCAAAGGUGUAUUUUUUUUCUUUAGAUCCUUGUAACCAGUAAACUGAUGAAACGGUUCAAACAUCCGUUUAUCUCCACCUCCUGAAAGAAUCUGCAUCAUUUUGCACCAUGUUUUGUUGUUUUCUGUGAUCAGCCCUUCUUCUUAUGUUCAGAGCAGUAACCCGCUUUUCAACCAACCUAAAGGCCGUGUCGAUACACAAAUACGUGGGUGACUUGAGCACAAUGUGGGUGUGGCUGGGACAAGGCGGGCGGAGGAGUCGCAGUUUGGCCGUGAAGUGUUUGUGUACAAACCUCCAGAAUAAAAAUCUCUCCAGAAUGCAAAGUGCGAGCAAUAAAAGCCAAAUGAAUUUUACCUGA